ACAACCAGGAGUCUAGGACCCAAUUUGUAGCCGUGGUUUUUUUUUUCGUUUCUUUUUUGCGGGCAUCGUUGAAUUGCCUUCGAACCAUCAUGAGCUGAUGAUCUGACGCCUUUACAACCACCAGCCAUGACGGGCGUCAUGCUGUGAUGGAGGAUCGUGGGGAGACCUCAUCCAUCUCUUUAUGCUUGACACAUUCCCUACGCUUACCCGCAGACACGCGCCAGUCAACUUUGGGACAUACCUGGUAUCCAGACUUGGGGCAUAGGCUCGAGGACCCCUCCUCGAGUCUUUGCAAUUUCCCACACCGCAAAUGCCAUCCGCAUCUCUUGUACAACUUCAGUGUUGCCUCGAACUGUGGUGCAACACACCCGAGAUUCCCUCCAUCCUCUUCCAAUGAUGUACCAGGUGCAGAUGACCUGUCCUCGUGCUUCAUAUUCUUGAACGGGCAGAGAGCACACGCUCACUGCAUGCAGUUGCCCAGAAUCGGGCACUCGGCGGCCUUCAUGCCGGCGCCCGGAGCCGCCAUCUCGGCCGGUAGAGAAUGCGAUCGAGUCCUGCUGCAUGUCUCCCCUAUUCACGACGGCCAGCCAUUGCCCGAGUUCGGUCUGCCGCCGGCACAGACCCGCUGCGCUGUGCGAUGCGAUACAGCGAUAUCCGUACCAAGAAUCAGAAUGAUAUGGGGCAUGAGUCGUUCCACCCAGUUCGGUGGGGACCAAGGCCCCUCAUCAGCCAACAUCACGCAUUAUCGCUCGACCCUGACCAUUGUUGGACGACCGACUCGAGGGAUGAUGACGGCAUCAUUCAAACCCAUGAAAGGCGGGGUGGAACGAAGGAUAAUUCCUGAGCGUGCGGUGGCCGCCAGACCGAACCACCAAAGCCCACGACAUCUCCUCUCCUCCAAUCCUCCGUCCGGCAGCGGAGGCAAGUGUUGGAAACCAUUCGUCGCAACCAAUCCUGCACGAUCGCCCGCCAGCCGAUUUAUACACUAUUCCACCUUGCCAAGUGGGACUUGGUGGCUGCCAACUUUUUUUUACUGGAAGUUUUUAGUUCCUUCGCCGGAGUUCUUUUGUCAACCACCGGCCACUUACACGGACAGCACUUUACACAGGCUUCACCCCAACCACCACCGCCAAACAACCACGUUGUCGGUGGUUCACGAUGCGAUCCCCUAGGCGUUUCCUCGAUCCGCACCUACCGUGGCAUCCUGCCUUUUGACAUGCGCUAACCGCUGGCUCAGUCCACAGUCCACGUAUCCCGCCCCAAUGGACCUCUCGACUGUUUUCCAGCUUCCGAAUUCCCACAAAUGCCAUCCAUCUUCUGGACCCGGAACCAUGGAUAUCAGGGAAAAUGCCCGCCGCCGCGGUUGGAUCGGAGUCGGCUCCGCCAAGUCGGGGGGGGGGGGC